AAAAUUGGUGAGGGCCAGUUUGGAGACGUUUUUAGGGCCAUUCUUCGCGGGCGACCACCCACGGAUGUGGCCCUUAAGAGCGUACGCAAAGAUGCCACCGAGGAGCGCGCCGAGUUCUUGCAUGAGGCUUUUGUGCUGUCCCAUUUUCAUCACCCCAACGUGCUCCGGCUCUUGGGUGUGGUUCUGCAGCACGCCCCCCUGUUGCAUGCGACAGAGAUGAUGCAGUAUGGCGACUUACACUGUGUCAUACGCCGCUGUCGUGCUGACGACAUUGAAGUGCGUGCUCCAGAACACGUCUUUUGGACUAUGCAGAUUGCUGAUGGCAUGAACUAUCUUUCUGCAAUGGGCUUUGUCCACCGCGACCUGGCUUGCCGCAACGUCUUGCUUGGCUCGGGUAAUACCAUCAAGAUUGCCGAUAUGGGCCACGCACGCUUGCGCUCCAGCGAGACCUACCAUACCUUAAGCAAGCAGCGCCGGCUGCCCGUACGCUGGAUGGCACCCGAAACUCUGCAAACCAAUACGUUCUCCUCCGCCUCUGACGUCUAUGCCUUUGGUGUCCUGGUGUAUGAAUUGGCCUCGGGAGGAGAGCUACCGUGGCUGGGGCUGUCAGCCCGAGAAGUGGUGACGGCAGUCACGGGUCAUCGACGGCUAAAGUUACCCUUGACAUGUGCUUCUGUUCUUCUGACACUUUGCAAUCUUUGCUGGAAAUUCGAACCAAAUCAACGGCCGACGUUUGCUACCAUC